AUGGUCCGACCUGUGGUCCGCAUAGCUCCAAAUGAAGUCGACGUUAGUGAUCGCGAUGCCGCUCGAGAGAUUCACCGGGCGAGAGGGGGUUUCUUGAAAUCCAGCUUCUAUACUACUGCCGGGAAAGUCCAGAGCCUCUUCUCGACAACCGAUCCCACUUUCCACUCCAAUCGUCGACGUCUCUUGGGGCCCUGUUUCACCGAGGCCUCUCUGAGUAGCCUGGAGCCGGUCAUCCUCGAGCGAGUGCGGCUGGCCGUGCGCAAACUAGGAGACGAGUCGAAAACCACCGGCAGUGCUGAUGUCCUCAAGUGGUGGACGCUGUUGGCAAUGGAUAUCAUUGGCGAGCUGAGUUUCGGAGAUUCAUUCCACUUGUUGGAAUACGGAAAGGCAAGCAGCUGCCCUCUUUCACAUGUCGCUCAUGCGAGGCAACGCAUUUUCGCAUACAAUAAAGAACGUGUGGCGCGAUACAUGCAAUUGGUGGGAACCAAUCCUGACAUCACCAAAAAUACUCUUUUCACAAGCCUACUCAAGGAUGCCUCUUCGGGUCUGACGGAAUUCGAUCUGACCGUUGAAGCUCAAUCGUAUAUUACGGCAGGCACUGAUACGACCGGAGUGACGCUUACCUACCUGGUGUACGCCGUCUGUCAAGACAAGAAGAUUCAAGACACUCUCGUCCGCGAACUGCAGUCGGUGCCCGAUGAUCUAACCCACCGGGAUGUCCGUGAUCUCCCCUAUCUAAAUUGUGUUGUCGAGGAGGCUUUACGGCGCUACGGCGCCGCUCCCGGCUGCCUCCCGCGAGUUGUGCCGUCGGAAGGAGCUACGUUGGCCGGACAACACCUCCGCAGUGGAACGAUCGUGUCCACUCAGGCAUACAGUGUACAUCGGGAUCCAGAGGCAUUCCCCAACCCGGAAGGCUUCGAUCCCUCCCGUUGGGAGAAUCCCUCCAAGAAAAUGAAAGAUGCAUUCAUGGCCUUCGGGACGGGGCCUCGCGGCUGCAUUGGCAUCCAUCUCGCUCGCAUGGAGCUGCGCCUCGCUGCCGCUCUGUUCUUCCGAACUUUCCCGAACGCGAGAAUCUCGACCAAAGACGGCAUGUCGGAUUCCGACAUGGAGGAGAACAUCUCCUUCUUGCUGAUGCCCAAAGGUCACCGAUGUCUGGUCGAAGUGGGAUGA